AUGUUGACUGUACUUAUGGGAGACGAUCCAAACUUCGAGGCGAAUAUUUAUGAAAAUACAGUGAUAGCAGACAAAAGAACUGAAAUCAAGAACGCAGCAGAAUAUUUCGUAUCUAAAAAUUCUCCAGAUAACGACCUUGCCUUCUCGAGAUAUCAUUGCGAUACUGUUCUGAUAACCGCCCCUUCUUCAACAUUUGGAUGGUGGCUUGGAUACCUUUCGAAACGACAAAACGUUUAUUAUCAAGAUAUAAGAUCGACUAAUGAUGUCAACUAUAAAAAAGGAGAAUUGAAUCCCGAUGACUUCUUCGUUCCGAGAUGGACAUCGAUCAAAUUGGAUGAAAACGGAACUAUUGUUGUUGUUUGA